AAGUGCAACAAGUGGUAACAUUCUUUCAGUUGUACAAAAACAAAAACAAUUUCUUAAUGUCUGUAUAAUCAAAUAGUUCAAUAUAAAAUCUCGGCCAAAGCUGUUACCUCGAACAGAGAACGUAUAUCAUAUAAUAUAUGUUCUCUGCCUGGAAUAGUGAUUACAGUGUAAAAAUAGUUUAGCAAUUAGUGAUAAAUGUAUUAUUUUUUUAUAGAAAAGAACGUAGAAUGUCAUGCAAAACUGCAAAAAAAUUGUUAUUUCGUACCAACACUGGAGAUUAUUUUAUUACUUGUGGAGUGACACUACUGAACAUAAUCAGCUGUUUCAAAAUAUAAAAAAAAAUUCACCUGUAGUUAACAUAACUUUAAAUAGAAGUUGAAAUAAAUUAAAAUGAAUAAAAUUUGCGGCAGUUUUAUAUCUAUUCUACGUUUUUCUAACAUUGAAAAAACGUACACAACAUCAGUUAUUCUCGGACGCCGGCUUUCGUUUAAAAGUGAUUUGUCACUCGACAAGCUCUAUCCAAAUAGCCGUCUUAAACUUUUUACACCGCCACCACCAGCAAAUACAGGUGAUAAAUUUUCUGGUUUUAUACCCAUUAAUCAACUGGAAAUUACUUAUAGUCGAAGCUCCGGACCUGGUGGACAACACGUGAAUUGUGUUAACACAAAAGUUGACUUGCGUUUUAAGUUAGCCAGUGCCGACUGGAUACCUGAAAAAACAAGGCAAAAGCUUCUGCAGUCUUUGCAAAAUAAACUCACCAAGGAUGGUUACUUCGUCAUAAAAAGCGAUUUAACACGGUCACAACAAAUGAAUUUGGCUGAUGCCCUGGAAAAACUGCGCAAUAUAAUACGUGAAUACGAAGUAGAGAAGGCAGCACCGACGGAGGAAACUUUAGAAAAGUUGCGUCGUAGACAUGAAAAAGCUGCACGUGAAAGGUUAUUAGAAAAACGGCAAAGAUCGCUAACCAAAUCUUCCAGACAGGGUCCGAAUGUCACAGAUGUCUAGAGUACUUAUGGGUUGAAAUAAAGUCGAAAUACAUUUUGAAUCCAAAUAAAACAAUUGGUUUUUAAGCAUUUGUAACUUCUUUAAGGUGAAGAAAAAACAAAACAAAUAAAUAAUAUUAAAUUACUAUA